CGGCCGCGCAGGCGCAGCGCGCGUCCACGUGAAAGGUCGACGAGCCCAGCGGCCGCCGCCGCCCAUCGGGACAUGUCGGCGCCGGCGAAGCGGCCCGGGGUGCAGCCGUCCGGGGUGCAACCCAAGAAGCGGCCCGGGGUGCAGCCCAACGUGCAGCCCAACGUGCAGCGCAAGAAGCAGCUCAAGAAGCAGCCCAGGGUGCAGCCCCAUGUGCAGCCCCAGGUGCAGCCCAAGAAGCGGCCCAGGGUGCAGCCCCAUGCGCAGCUCAAGAAGCGGCCCACCGGGCAGCAGCCCCCUGUGCAACCCAACGGGGUGCGGAGGCGGCUCCCGCAGCCCCAGACGGCGAAGCAGGCGGCCGUGGAGGAGGCCCAGCGGCAGCAGCACGCCCUGGCCCUGGGGCUGCACAAGCCCGAGGUGGAGCGGUGCCUGGAGGAGCUGGUGUUGGGAGCCGUCGAGGAGGAGGGAGACGACGAGCUGCUGCUGCGGCGCCUAAGGGGCCCGGGGGACGCCCCCGUGGGCCGGGGGAAACUGUGGAAAGACUCCAGUGAUUCAGAAGAGGAGAACGAAGCCAAAGACAACUCUGUCUCCCAGCGGAAGCCGGUGUGGAGGGAUGAAGAAGACGAAAAGGAAGAGAUGAUUGACAUGACCGACCGCCAUCGGAGCAGUCUGAUAAAAAGCUCCCAGGAGAAGCAGCUUUCCAAAAAGCAGUUCCAGAGGAGGCUUAGAGAAGAGUUUCAGCAAGCGAUGGGGGGAACGCCGGCGUGGGCAGAGAUCGGCAGGAAGAAACGCCAUUCCGACGACGACAGCGAAGACGAGGAAGAUAACCUGCUGCUCCGGACCGGGAACUUCAUCACCAAGUCGGCCUCUUUGCCGCAAGGAACCUUGGAGAUUAAGAUGUGCCCGGAUGCCAAUUGUCAGCUUCCUUCGUCUGGCCCUCUCAGUUCCGUCCGGUUCCAUCCUUCUGCUCAGGUGAUGAUGACCGCCAGCCAGGACACUUCCCUGUCGCUCUUCCAGGUGGACGGCAGAACCAAUCCCAAAAUUCAGAGCAUCUCCCUGCAGCACUUUCCCAUCUACCAAGCCCGAUUCAGUGCCAGCGGGGAACAGCUCAUCGCCACGGGCUUGCGGAGCAAGAUCAUUUACGUGUACGAUAUGAUAGGCGGGAGCAUUAGUCCCGUGCACCAAGUGAGAGGGUUGGAAGAGAAGUUUGUCAGGAAAUUUGAGGUUUCUCCGGAUGGGUCCUUUCUGCUGCUUACUGGCACAAAGGGCUAUCUCCAUCUGCUCUCCAUGAAGAGCAAAGAGCUGAUCGGGAGCAUGAAGAUCAGUGGGAGAAGUCAGGAUUCGGUUUUCUCCCCAGAUAGCUCGAAGGUCUUCACCACAUCCGACUCGGGGGAUGUCUUCGUCUGGGACGUGGGCAGCCGGAAUUGCCUGCACCGAUUCACCAACGAGGGCUGCUUCCUCAGCCAGUGCAUCGCCGUGUCCAGGAACGGGCAGUACGUGGCCUGCGGGUCCAGCACCGGAGUAGUGAACGUCUACACCCAGGAGGCUUGUCUCCGCGACGCCAACCCAAAGCCAGUGAGAGCCAUAAUGAACCUGGUCACGGCGGCCACGUCACUGGCCUUCAACCCCACCACGGAGCUCCUGGCCAUAGCUUCCAACGAAACCAACGAGGGGCUCAAAAUGGUCCACCUCCCUUCCUGUACCGUCUUCUCCAACUUCCCCCAGAGCAACAGGAAGGGCAUCUUCCUGCCCCAGUCCAUGGACUUCUCUCCCAAAAGUGGGUUUUUUACACUAGGGAACAACAAGGGCCGAGCCCUGCUCUACCGGUUGCAACAUUAUUCAGACUUCUGAAGGGGUUUGCCCUGGGCGAGGUAAGUUCGGCCGAAUCCCCACAGCGGCUCCGGCCGAAGCCUCGUCUUACUGCUUCCUGGGACCUCUGAGCGGCUCCGAGAUGAAGCCGGCGGCCGGGUCCUUCACCAAGGACUUUUUUAAUAAACCUGUGUCCACUUGGCAAAGCAGGGCUUUUUCCCCUGCCCCCCGGGCCUUUCUUCUGUACGUCGUAGGGCCGCGGGAGUGAGCCGGCAGUAGCUCUGGCUCCCGCGUUAGCCAAGGGGCGACCCUUGAUGGUCCAGUUUCCUCGGGACCGGGCUCACCCCAUUCUUUUUGGCUUCGGCCUCAAAGCGCCCUCCCCGCUUCUGCACCCCGGGAGCCAAGGCCCCCUCGAGCCGGCCCAUCCGCUUCCACCUCCUGGCUCUCCCCAGGGUCCCCUUGCUCUGGGAGCCACAUCUCGGGUUCCGAGGGGCUGCCGCUCAAGCUUCCUUCCACCAUCCAUUCCCCGCUCGGGGACCACCAGGGAAACUGCUUUGAGCUGAGCAGGACUUGAGGGGCAGGGCCACCGUGGCCAGGCCUCAGGGCCUUGAGGUCCGGCUCCACCUCCGUGCUCACCCCGGCCGGCCACGGGCGUCUCGUCUGCUGACACGAAGGCCCAGGAGCCGGGCGUGGUGCUACCGUCCGGGUCCCGUCUCCCGACCCUCUGGGAGGCGGAUGGGGUGGCACCACCGCUCAGCUCAGCUCAUACGGAGACUGAGGGCCGCCUGCGGCCGGAGUCCACUAGGCCCUUGUCUCACCCUUCCCCUCGCCCCCAGAACACCCAGAGGCUUUAUUAAAAACUGAAUUAAAAGCACAACUCCUA